GACGGAUCAGACAUACAUUUAUUUUUCUCAAGUGUAACGUAACUCUUAUCUUGAAAUUGUACAUUUUUUUUUUUAGUACGUGCGCGUAGCAAAAGACGAAAACUCUUGAUGUUUUGCGUCCUUUGCGUUCUGUCGUUUACUCUAUACGAAAGUAAUAUGGUAUGCGGGGAUUAUUCUCUCGUGCGUAUAUGUCUAUGCUAACGUCAGACGCGAAGGCAUACGCGAAGUUGAGUGCGCGACGAGCUCUGUGUGCGUUCUGCUGUUUCUUUCGUUCUGUGUGCGUUUCUGCUUUUCCAUUGAAUCUCACCGAGUAGUGUCGACGCGAUUUGUGUGUCGCACACCAUACGCGUAGCAGACGUAUGCCAUUCGCUGCACUCACAUCGGCCUUGACGUUUCGUCGCGGUUCCAUCGUGAAUUCGUAAGCACCCUGCCUUCGCGAACGAACGUCUCGACCCAUUUUUUUUCCGUAUCUCGCGAUCCUAAACAAACGUGCCUCUCGCGAUCCGCAAUGGCGGAGACAAACGGGGCCGCAAAUUUAAAUACGAAAAACGGCAAUUUUAUCUGCGGUGUUGUGGAAGGCUUUUACGGUCGCCCAUGGACCACGGAACAACGAAAGGAUCUCUUUCAAAAAUUAAAAAAAUGGGGAAUGGAUUCCUACUUGUACGCUCCAAAAGAUGAUUACAAGCAUCGGGCUUAUUGGAGAGAUUUGUAUACGGUAGAGGAAGCAGAACAUCUGACUGGUUUGAUCACAGCUGCUAGAGAAUAUGGAAUAACAUUUUAUUAUGCAUUAUCUCCUGGACUGGAUAUUACAUAUUCUAGUUCAAAGGAAGUCACAGCUUUGAAGAGAAAGCUGGAACAAGUUAGCCAAUUUGGUUGUACAGCGUUUGCAUUGUUAUUCGACGACAUAGAGCCAGAAAUGAGUGAAGCGGAUAAAGAAGUAUUUCAGUCGUUUGCACAUGCUCAAGUCUCAGUCACAAAUGACAUUUUUCAACAUCUUGGUCAACCUCGAUUUCUUUUAUGCCCUACGCAAUACUGUGCUACACGUGCAAUGCCAAACGUUUCAUCCUCAGAAUACCUCAACACACUUGGCAGUAAAUUAGCUCAAGAAAUUGAUAUCAUGUGGACUGGACCUAAAGUCAUAUCCAGACUUUUAACUGUGGAAUCCAUCGAGGAGAUCACAGAAGUGCUCAGAAGACCACCCGUUAUCUGGGAUAAUUUACACGCUAAUGAUUACGAUCAAAAGAGAGUAUUCCUUGGACCGUAUGCUGGUCGCUCUCCCGAUCUCAUACCUAAGCUCAGAGGAGUCUUGACUAAUCCUAAUUGCGAAUAUGGAGCAAACUUUAUAGCAAUUCAUACAUUGGCUCAGUGGAGCAGAUGCAAUGUCGACGGGAAGAGGGACCUAAGUUUAAACGACACUGUAUCGGCGGAUAUUAAGCUAGAGACUGAAACAGAGGAUGGUGUUCUCGGCGAGGAUGUUCCAUCGACGUUAUCGCCAAACAUGUAUCACCCACGGCACGCUUUAAAAAGUGCGAUAAGUGAGUGGUUACUGGAGUUCAACAAGAAGAAGGCAGCAUGGGGAGUGAUAGCCAAACCACAGCCAUGCGUCGCAUCGACGAUACCUAUCCCGAUAAUUCCCUCCGUUAAUACGUGCAUGAGUUUGACAUCGACGACGACGACGACGGUCCCUGCAACGCCUACGCCUGUGGUGAAUUCCAAUCAUCUUCAAGCGUUGGCCGAAGUUUGUUCGAGCGUGACGAGUAGCGAUAGUUUCGCCCAGCCUUCGUCCGGUCCGGUGAUGAAUUCCUUGGUGUCAGAUAUAAAAGUGAUCAGCGAGCCUGUGCUAACUACAUUAUCCACUAAUAUGAGCGGCGAACCACCAUUGACAGUUCUGUCCUCGUUGGAACCUAUGGAUUGCAACACUACGCCGAACAAUUCGCCGGCGCAUAUAGCGAAAAUCCCGGCGGAAGAUGACGCUAUGGUAGAUAAUAUUUCUACAUGUAGUGAAGCGUCCGGGAGUAUGCAGGUGGAAGUGGACAGCACUUCUCCUACAGUGAACGGUACGCAGAUGAUAAUAGAGAACGACAGUGAGAAUCAUGAGAGUCCCGAUAACAUAGAUACAGUGCCUCAAGAGCCUGCGAAUAUCGAGAAACAGCUCACGCACGAGGAUCUGUCGUUGUUGUGCGAUCUGUUCUAUUUACCAUUCGAACAUGGCGGCCAAGGGGUUCAACUGUUGCAAGAAUUCAAUUGGUUGAAAAGUAAUGCUUAUGUCGUUAUGAAAAAGUCUAAAGAGGAAGAGUCAGCAUCUGAGUCAGACAUCGAAGAGUGGCAUCUUCGUGCAGCUAAAUUAAAUGACAUGUGUAAUGCGGUGAAUAGGUUGUUUCAAAGACUCACGUACUGUAAUAACCGCGAGUUACUGUACGACUUGUACUCGUACGUAUGGGAUAUGAGGGGAGUUGUGUCCCUCUUAAAUAGUUACGUGAAAUGGCUGGCGUUUGGCAGAUUCCCGUCGACGAUGACAACCUUUACCCAGGGCAGCUACACAUGGUUCUCAAACGGUUGGAAAGAAACAUUUAUGAGUGGAGAACAGGAACCGUGGGUUUUCCGCGGUGGGCUUACAGCUGAUUUACAGCGGUUAAUUCCAGUGGAUAGUGGUAAUGACUUGUUUGUUUAUAAAGCACCAGAAGUGCCCAGUAGUAAAAUAUAUACAAUUCGCCCGUAUUUACCGAGCGAUGAAGAAGCAGUUUAUACAGUAUGCAACCAAAUUAAUAAUUGUUCAUCCUCAUCAGCUGUGGCUGACAGACUUGUUGGAGGUUUUUUAACACUGAGCCCGGAAUUAUGUAUGGUUGUUGAAGAUGAAAAUGGUAUAAUAGGUUACACAGUAGCUACGCUGAAUAUAAAGUCGUACAACCAGAAGAUAGCCGUUUCCUGGAUCCCUGAAUUGCGAAUGAAGUAUCCAUUAGAUAAUAGCGUUAGCGAAUUGCCGCAGAACGUUCAGGAUGCCAUACAGUAUUUCCACUCGUUUAUCCCGGACGUGUCGGAACAAUUGUGCAGGCAACAUCCAUCGAAAAUUAUGUGCGCCGUGUUGCCAAGUAUCACGGAUCAAUCAAUUUGUAAACGUUUAAUAACUUGUGUCCUCGCGGCUUUAAGAGCAAAUGGAUCCUUUGGAGUACACACAGCAAUGUCCUCUACGGAUAAGGAAUCCCAUGAGUUCUAUGGCAAGUUAGGUUUUGUCGAUUUGAAUCCAGUGCAUGAAGAGCACCCAGGAAUUAAAACUAUGUGUAGAAGUUUCUAACAAAGAAUCAAUGCUCCAGUAAUUUUCAUCAAUAAGGUAUACUUGAUUGGACCAUCUACUAAAAAAACAGCGACUCAUUGAAGGAAGUAUGAAUAAUUUUUAGAACACAAAAGACUACAUGUAUGAUACAAUUGAAUGUUUUUAUUUUCCAAUAUCUUUAAAAUGCAAGCAUGUCUAACAUGUCAAGUAUGCCAACGCGAUAGAUUAUUAAAUAAGCUUACUUUCGUUACGAGAAUGUAUUCUAAUAGGAUAGAGUCGUUUAUAACGCAUUCGAUAUAGUUUUUCUCACAGUAUCGAAAUCUUUAGAAAUAUUUGAUACGAGUAUAUACAUAUGUACAUAUAGGUAUAGUAACUGAUAUUAAAUUUUAAUAUUAUAUAGUAUUAAAUUUAAUUAUUAUAUACUAUUUAAUUUAAGAUAUUAAAUUUUAAUAUUAUAUAGUAAUGAUUCUAUAUAUCACACACGUAUAGGAAAGAGACUAUAAUAAGCAUAUAUAUAUAGUGCAAUAAUCAGAUUCGUUAAUAGUAUAAUACGUGCUCGCUUUUUCCUUUUUCUUUUGGAGUGUCAUGUCUAUCUUAUAUUGACGACACUGGUGACAUUUUAAUAUCUCUCAGAAGCUCGAAUAAUAUUGGUAUUCUUUUUAAACAUUUGUACAUAAAAUUCCGAACGGUGUGUGGUGAAAUGCCAGUAUGUGUGUUCAUUAACGAGUCGUCUAAACUUUCCAAUUCAUUGAGAACUAUUUUCUUAUCAAAAUCAUAUAUAAGGAUGACUGAAUAAGAUUUUAAAGCGCAUUCUCUUUAGAUGCUUAUAUAACUGAUAUAAAAACAUAUAUCACAUAUGUAUAUGAUAUGUAUUAUACAUACAUAUAUAUAUAUAUAUAUAUAUAUAUAUAUAUAUAUAUAUAUAUAUAUAUAUAUAU